AUGUCUGCGCCCUUCUGGAAACAGAAGCACCAGCAUUUCCGGUGCAAUCUGGACACCGUGGAGGACACAGAGCCGCACCUCGGAACACCUUUACCACUAGCGGGCGAGAUCAUCACGGCUGGGAAAACUCCUCAUUUCCUCACGGGAAGGGAGUGUAAGAGUAAACAUUCCGACUGCUGCGAGGUUUUGUGGAUUCUCCCUGAAGCCCAGAACACCGAGCAAGCUGUGCCCUUUGUAGAGAAGGUAGCGUUUGACCACAACCUUAAAAACAGGCGCUCUUUCACGAAGGAGGACCGGGUGGAAGGCAUUUUAGAAGGAUACCAUUCAGUAAACAGUUUUAUUAACUUCUUAACCUAUUUUCUGGCUGCUGGUGCCAUUAGUCUGGGAAUUGGUUUCUUAGCUUUGUCAUCUGCUUUGUGGUUCCUGAUUUGCAAACGAAGGGAAUUAUUUCGAAGUCCCAACAUUAAAUCAAUUGAUGAAAAGCUGAAACAAAGACUAUACAAACAGAAAGCUAAACCUCAGUCUGUUUUCAUUUCCCGAAACUUUCACACUGGCCAACCUCAACCACAGGUGGAGCACAGAGAAAGGGAAGCAGCACAAAUGAAAGCAGUCAACUCUAAAGAUGAACUCUGUCUUCCGGACCUGGUGGACCGAGAGUCCCCUGACAUGCUCUCAGUAGAAAACAGCAACAGUGUGACAGUGAGCUUGUCAACGUCUUUCCCUAGUUCUUACUAUAGCCAAAGCGUGGAAGCAGCCGAUGAGUGGUUCUCGAAUGACUCUCUAGAAGCCAAGACUCCCCCAGAGCCUUUACUUGGGGAACCUCUAGAAGAAAAGGUGUUAGCAUACCUGUCAAGCAUCUCAUUAGAAGAAUGACCUAGAAACACAAUGAAUGUGACAUUUUGUGGCAUUCAAAAAGACGAAAACACUAAGGAAAUGUUUUCACAAAGAAACACAGAGGCUGGCAUACACAACCUUUCAUGUGAUACUGAAUAA